CGCCGCCGCCGCCGCCGCCGCCGCCACCGCCCCCGCCUCUUCCUCAUCCUCUCCUCCCGAGGAUCGUGAGGGCUCCUCUCGUUUCGGGAUCACCGUGCGCGCCCAGACGUCGACUCGACCACGAGCGGUACACGCGCUCGCUGCUCUGCUCAGUGCGCUGCUGAGCGUCGAGCGGUGACGAACGGAAUCGGAGAGAGAAGGUGAAGCGCAGCACAUCCGCGUCCGGGGUACACACGGGUACGCACACUCGAUCGAUCGUCGACGCCGCGCGCGGAUCUCGGUUAUCGCUGCCGCUUGCGGGAGGAGCGAUCGCGGCGGUGUGACAAUUCUCGCACGAUGCGCGACUUCUUCUCGACAUCGAAUUCCCAUUGUCGGAGCGGCAGCGGAUAAUACGAAUUUUGGAAUAGAGUGCACACCGCGCUCGGGAUCGGAGGAGUGCUCCGCCGCGAUAUCCCACGUAUACUCUCGGAGGUAUCGGGCUGGAUGGACGCGGAUGGACUGGUGUUGAUAAUAAAAAGUGCUAAUCAGUUUACGCGGAUGCUGGAGUUUGCUGGACGGUCCCCCUCGACGGAGUGAUCUCUCGGCUGCCGCGACCUGCGAAACGUCACCUGCCGUCUCGCGGACUCCGGCUCAGCAUCAUGGAUUAUUCGAAGAAAGUGACUGGACCUGAGAAUGGACCCGACCAGGAGCAGGAAAACGAAACGCAAGUUGAUGCUGCCUCACCAUCAUCAAGCGUUGAGCUAUCGGAGAAUGGCGCGCAUCCAUGCCCAACGUGUCCAUCGGUAUUUUCCACUUCUCACGAACUGACAAAUCACCUGCGUGGUCACAACUCACCUCGCAGCACGGACUGCAGCGGCGAGGAAGAUUACAGCUGCGGCGUAUGCAAUAAGGUGCUCAGCUCGGCGAGCUCGUUGGACCGGCACGUGCUAGUACACUCGGGUGAGCGACCGUUCAAAUGCAAGUACUGCGAUAUGUCGUUCACGACGAACGGCAAUAUGAACCGACACGUGAGGUGUACCCAUCGGAUGGUGUCGCCGAACAGCUGCACAGACUCCGAGGGCAGUAGCGGCUCGGAGAGACCGGCGGCGACGAGCCAGGACGAGUACAACAACAACGAGAUAGCCAGGCGCAACUCACCGGACCUGAUCGAUGAGCAACAACCGUCGCCCAGCAACAAUCGCGCGAACAAACGGAAGUGUUCGGACGAGGACAUCAGCGACCUAGAGGAUCAAAGGAGGCACAAGAUCCUUUUGAACAACACCAAGAUGAUCAAGUGUCUACCGGAAGACGAGCAGAAGGCUUUCGGUUGUCCCAUUUGUGGUCAGGAUUUCGCGAGCAGCGCAAUUCUAGAGUCUCAUAUGGAACGGGUGCAUCCAGGCUCCCCGGCCACGUGCGAGACCUGCAACCAAUCGUUCAAGAAUCAUCGCGCGCUGAACCUUCAUCGUUCGAUGAGACAUUACAAGAAGAAUCCGGAGGGCAACAACAGCCGUAGCUUGCGCAACACCGUGGACGGUUUUAGGGAUCUGACGUUCAUCGACUUUUCAUCCAUCAAAUUCCCGACGAUCGCCCGGGCAAUGUGCGAGCGUGAACUGCACCGGCCGGCUUCCGGUGAGGCCAACAGGUUCCAGUGCAUGAAGUGCCUUCACGCUUUUCCCUGCAGGCAAGCUCAGAUGGCGCAUGAGAAGGAAUGCAAAGGCCCUUACAAGAACAAGAGAAACAGUAACGACAACAACAACAAUAAUGAUAUUAGUACCAACAACAAUCUCGAAACGGAGCUGGACGAUCCAAGCCCGCAGCCGGAUGAUCCCAAGACGAAGCGCGAGAUCUUCUUCGCUGUGCUGGAUCUGCAGAACAAGUCCUUGUCGCACGAGACGAAGGAGCCGCGGGAAUCGAGCGAGAUCAAGCACGAACCGAAAGAGAGCAAGGAUUUAGCGGAUAUCCCGAGUAUCCUGUCGGUCAGUCUGAAUGGAUUGCAAACCUUUCCUCGGUCGGACGCGAGCACUCCCGAGAACAACAUCAAGUUCAAUCCGAACGUUGGCUCUUCAGGAUCUUCAGGCACCUGUUCGUCCGAAUAUAAUGAAGAGGAGGCGCAGGACGCUUUCACCGCGGAAUUCCGGAAGAUGAAGCUGAAAGGGGAAUUUCCUUGUAGACUAUGCACAUCUGUAUUCCCCAAUUUGCGGGCGCUAAAGGGACAUAAUCGCGCACACAUGAACGUGGAACCAGGCAUGGCGUAUCCAUGUAACAUGUGUCCGUACACCAGCACCGACAAAGGGGCCUUGAUGAAGCAUCUGAGAUCGCAUAACGGCGAUCGUCCGUUUGAGUGCUCCCUUUGCAAUUACGCGUUCACCACUAAAGCGAAUUGCGAGAGGCACGUGAAGAAUCGCCACGGGAUGAUUAGCAAGGAGGACGUGAAGAACGCACUGAUCUAUCAUCCGAGCGAGGAUUCGACAAACGAAAAUAUCGAAAGGAGUUCGCCCAGAGUCAUCAGAGAAGAUGUGCGGAAGACGCUUAUUUAUCCGAAUGAACGCGAGGAGAUUCCCCAACAACAGAUACAUUAUCCGUCUCUAGCGCUGGAUUGUAACCCUGGACCAUCGAACGUCCGCACCGAGAUGCUGAUGAAUCGAUACGAUAAAUCAGACGCGCUCGCCAGAGUGAAGAUGCAGGCUCUCAAUCUCGUAAAAAGAAACGCUGACGAAGUAAACCUGUCUCACGAUCUGAUCGUGAAAUCGAAUUAUUCGAAAAUCGAUGACGACGUUGAGUCGGGAUCGUCGGACGGCAGCGUGUCUCUAGUCAGUGAUACCAAAACGGAUACACACCAAAGAAUUCAAGCUAGUCCAAUGAACCUGACGAAACCCUUGACGAGCUCCGGGUUGAGCUCGGGGGAGGACGGUCCGUUGGAUCUGUCCAUGGACGUGUUGGAUCUGAGCAGGAAGCGAAAAAGAGAAAGCGAGGAUUCUAGCUUGCAAGAGGAAAAGCGGUUUAAGAACAAUCAGCAAGAAUUGUAUGCCACGAACCCGGCGCUGCUGCUGACUCAAGCUCUACUGAAUAGAGCACGCGAGAGCUCACCGACGACGUCGCUGGAGACUCUUUACGCGAAUACUAUCUAUCGCAACUUUGGCACGUUAACCGGUGCCAGCAUGAUACCACCGUACUUCCUCGGUCCUCACAUGUUCAGCCAGGAAUUGGCCGCGAAGGGCAGACUACAGAAAGAGCUGGUUAGAGGUUUGCAAUUAACCGGCGGCGGUACCCUUUCGGUCGAUCCGUCAAUGCCUAGCACUAGUUACGCGGCGUAUACGCAAACGAGGGACGCCUCGCAAACGCCGAGCGAGCAGAAUACGUACGCGAAUCUGAUAAAUGCGCAGAUGACCAACCAGGUCGCGCCAAGCCGUGAAAAGACUGACAGUAUAAUCUCAUCGAACGAUCCUGUCAAGAUGGUACUCAAGAACGGAGUAUUGAUCCCAAAGCAGAAGCAGCGCAGAUAUCGAACCGAGAGACCUUUCACCUGCGAACACUGCACGGCGAGAUUCACGCUAAGGAGUAACAUGGAGCGGCACAUCAAGCAACAGCAUCCGCAAUAUUGGAGCCAAAGACCCCGCGGCGGACAUUCGACUAGAGGCAGACCGCCCGCGAGUCAUCCAACUAUGGUACAGAAUACUAGCUCAUCGGCCUCGCAAGUCACUCAACCGUAUUCAAGCAUUCUUUCGAAUGUUGACACGCCAGUGGUCACGUCGAAGGAUUAUGGUACACAUCCCAUCUCAGAUCAAGUGAAAUAUGCAAUUCUAGCGCAACAGCUGAAAGCUAAUAAAAUAGAGGACAAUGAUUCGGACGAUGAGAUGGUGAUAGACGAGGAGUCGGCCGAUCGGGACGCUCAGGAGUCGCAAGUUCAGCGCGAGCCUAGUACGAGCUUGUUGAGAGAUCAAUUAGAAAAUAGCGAGGGUGUCAAAGAUGUCGUCGUAAAGACGGAAAUGGCCGAGCCUGAAGAGGAAACCUCGGAGGAGACUCAAGGCGAACAGACUGCACGAAGUAACGUCGACAAUUCCGAAGAAUCCACGGCUGCUGAAAACAAGUCGAUACGCGCCGAAGAAACGACCACGACCGAACCCGCUGGCAAGGAGCAAGGUAAACUCGAAGACGGAACAGCCGAUCUCGCGAGUGUCUCGAAGCUUUUAGACAACGCGUCUCAGCAAUAUCAACAAUUUCAGCCACAAUACCUGAGCGACGAGGAAGGCCCUGUUGCAUCGACUAGCGGCAACAAUUCCGGCAGCGAGAAGUCCGAUUCUAUGAACUCCUUGAACUCCGGAAACGAUUCUCCGUCGAACAAGAAAAAGAAAAAGAAGAAGAAAUCUGCAUACUCGAUGGCGCCGAAUCGCGUUGUAUGCCCAUACUGCGAGCGUCAGUUUCCGUGGACCUCGUCUCUGAGACGACAUAUCCUCACCCACACCGGCCAGAAGCCAUAUCAGUGUAUCCACUGCUCUCAUCAUUUCACCACCAAGUCCAACUGCGAUCGCCACUUAUUGAGGAAGCAUAAGGCGAAGGCGAACAAAAUGCGCCGUGCCAGAAAUUCAUCUUCGCCGGAUGUUCAGGUGGUUGCCAGCAGCAGCAGCAGUAGCAACGGCAGCAACACAUUCUCCAUGAGGAACGUGCCCGAGAGGCCAUUCAAAUGCCAUCAGUGCCCGAGCUCGACGUUCGCCACGUUGGGCAACCUGAAGAAGCACCGGUCGAGCAAGCACCGCAAGAUCGUGUCCAGGUCAGAGUCCAGCGACCAGCAGAACAGUCCACCGCAAUGCACCACGCAGAACGAUCAGAGCGAUUACGAGAGUCGCUCGUCCAGUAUGUCCGACAACAUGGAGAACACGUCAACCGCCGUAGCAGCAAAACCGACUUCCAAUGUGUCCCCUUCGGUAAACGAUGCUACCAGGUCGCGCAAAUCACCGAGGUUGUCGCCGAGUCCUGGUGAUGUACCAUUCAAGUGUUAUCUGUGCGACAGCGGUUUCUCGGAACGCCAGGACUGCUUGGACCACAUUAAGAUGAAUCACAAGCGCUCGUAUGAGAUGCUGAAGGCCAAGGGUGCCCUCGACAUGGCGUCCAUGAACGUAGAAGCGACCGAAGAUCAGAUGUUGGCGUCGCAGCAGCAUCACAGCGACGGAGAAGAGAAGAAGGGCCGUUUUCCCGAUUACAGCAACAGAAAGGUUGUGUGCGCUUUCUGCAUGAGACGAUUUUGGUCAGCGGAGGAUCUCCGACGUCACAUGAGGACCCAUACGGGUGAGAGGCCUUUCGAAUGCGACAUUUGCACUAGGAAAUUUACGCUCAAGCACAGUAUGCUGCGCCAUCGUAAGAAGCACGAGUCGGUGGACUCCGCCAUGUACAUAGGCAAUAGCGGCGACGAGGAGAACUCGCCCGCGCAGCCACCGACGAUAACUCCCAGGAGUCAGCAGCACUCGCCGAUCUCUACUAACACCAGCAGACCACGCACCCAGGACAGAAUCUCCCUGCCGACCGUCGCGGCGGUCGCAACGGCGGACGCGGCGCCUUGCGCCCUAAUGCGAUAUAAUCAUUACGACAACAUGGCCACUCUCACUGGCAGAAUGGCGAACGAUGGUCCCCAGGGUACCGCUCCCGCACCCCUGUCUUCUCCGCCGCCUCCCGCGGAAGUACCCAGCGAAAGCGGAGACAACGAUCUGAUCUCCAAUUUGUUAGGGAUACGUGAGAAAGGUUUGCUCGACAAGGUUCUUCUGAGCUCGGCAGACGACGCGGCGAAGUUGUUGGGGGUCAAUCAUAGCGAGUGAUCGCGUAGAAAAGAUAAACGGAGAAAAGCGAAGUGCGAUCAGAUACGUAAAUCACGUGAUUAAAUUGAAAAUAGUUAAAUUUAUUGGACUAUACUCGAGAUGAUAAUAAUAUUUGAAUGAUAUCGAUGGUGUUUUCGUAUUGGUAGAUAAAGAAUAGACAAGAAAGCGAUCCAGCAAAUGAAAAUAAAUUUAAAUAAAUUGAAAAUUACAAUUCAUUUUAAUUUAUAGUUCGCACUUUAAAAUUCCGCAGUAUUUUUGGAUUUAAAUGACUCGAAUAGAUUGAAAUACCAAAUGCGCUAUUCAUCAUGUGGAAUUCAGAUGUAUUCAUAUCCAUAUAUUAUUUUUGAAUUUUAAUGUAUUCAGAAAACUUGAAGCGCGAAUUUGAAAAUAUUGAAAUGAAAUCAUUUCUAUCUAUUUCAACUCAUUUUCGUUUGUUGAGGGAAUUGUAGUUUCCGCUUGUGUGUCGUUCGAAAGAUUACUAAAAGAUCAAAAAUAUCGUCAUCAUCUGAACGCACGCCACUUUCUCCUACGGUUCGUGAGCACAGAAGAUAUCUUUAGAUUAUUCGUCGGAUUCCUCGAUUCUCUGUUUAAGGUUCACGAUCGUGCCUUAUGCUCCUUAUCAAUUUUUCGCACGUGUUCGUAUAAAACACCGUAGUGUUUCGAAGUUUAUCUGAUGAAAUCAGAUGCGGACAGUAGCCGAAGUGUCAUUAUAUGCUGCAUACGAUAUGAAAUUUUACAAUUCUUAACGAGAACACACCAAGGAUUGUCAACGAGUUCGCUUACGUUGCAAAAAGUAGGUGAUGCGAAUGAAUCGAUAAGAAAAGUUACCUUACGCAAAAUUUUAUUUGCUUGAUUACUUUUUACAAUCCCUACUUUUUUACAAUUUUAAUUUUGUAUGAUAGAAACUUCGAUAUAAAGAUACAAAGAAAGAAACAUAGAAGCACUUAUUUUUAAAGUCAAUCCCCGAGUUUGAAGAAAUGUAGGGCAAAUUUCAAGAAAUUCCUUUUGAUUCCUGCGAUUCACCUAUUUCUUGUACAAAUAUUCGCUGUAAACUGCAGCAAAGUAUGUUAUUCGCUAUCAUGACGUACGUUUUCUUUAUCAUUGAAAAGUACCUGCGCUGCGUUCUAAUUACUGAUGAAACACGAUUAAAAAAAAAAAAACAUAACAUGUUGCAUCUUCCUUAUUGUCAACGCAUUCAAACUAUUCACGCUUCUGGCAUAAAUUCCUUCGUAACGUCUCGAGCCUUAUGAGAAGCGCGUUCUUCAUGAUCCCACAUGCCUUUUGUAUUAUGUAUAUACAUACAUAUAUAUUUCUGGAAACUGUAACAAUAUCUGAGUACAUAUAUAUAUUUAAAAAUUGAUGUGAUUACGACCAUAUUGUUCGCGGAUGCAUCAUGAUUUCGUGGGCACGUUGAAAGUAGUUAUCAAAUACAUGAAAUGUGCAUUAGGAAUCGAGAGACAACGCAUAUAUGUUGUUUGUAUUAACAUUUCAUGCGCAGUAUUAGGCGUACGAUUGCGACGCGCGAUCGUUGAUCUUCACUAUCUCAUUCAUAACGCCAUUGUGGCGGAAUGUUCGUACGAAGAACCAAGAAAAAGGAAAAAAAAAAGAAAAAAACCAGCCUCCCACCUCCGCUCGUAAAAAGGGAACUGGAUUCGCGAACGUUCUUCGCGACGCAGACAAGGCGGACGCUGCAUUUAAAUCCAAAGAUAAAUUCAUUUUACGCAAUGAAUUAUUCUAAGUUAGCCAUACGCACUAGGGUCUUAUUUAUUAUUAGUCAUGUACUUCUACAAGAGUGAGAAAAAGCGUAACUUAGAGUGUGAAUGUGACUAGCACGUAGUUGUUAGAUCGCCGUAUUUGGCGAAUACCACGCUUCGGACUCGGAUGUUCCGCGGGACCGUUUCCGACCGUGACUUCGCACGAAGAUCUCGAGGUUGAUCCUGCGCGUCAAUGCCGAGGGAAUUCGCUCGAGAAUCGCAAAUAGCUAUGUAUACCAAUCGCGAUUUUAUUUUAUUGUUCUUUUCGAUGAGACAGCGAGCGAGACGAGAUGCAAUUCUUUACGCAAAACGGUAUGUAGAAGCGCGCGGAGCAAUAUAUGGUGAAGUUUUUACAUCACUACCAAUCAAUUAGAAGGUAAUGUCUCGUCGCGUUAUGUGGAUCUUAGUGUAUAUAGAUAGCUCGUUUAUCUUUCGCGGAUGCAAUUAUACCAAAUGAUUAACUUGACUAUUAUCGUAGAUAGAUAUACUUUAGAUUAGAUUAGAGCGAGAGAGAUGAGAGUUAUAGAUUUAACUAGGCCAAAGGGAAACGAUUUGUAUUUCCUAUUCCUUCACCCUGUUCACCCCAUCUUGUUGUUCAUUUGUGCUUUUACGCGUACAGAUGCGUUACCGUCUCUACUUACAUCACAUUCUCUCUUCGAUCUCUACCUGUCUCUACACAUACAUACAUACAUACAUACAUACACACAUGCAAACAUAAAAAAAAACACACACCCGCGUAGAUAUACGAUAUUUAUUAUUUUAUAACAGAGACGAUUGUACAUGGCUGUAAUACUUUUUAGCCAAGUCCGAAACCGAGGUUGGGAAUAACGUCCAGCAACAUCGUUCUUGAUCUCGUCCCGGCGCAUUUCCUUGCGAUGUCUCUGUCGCAGGACGUUUGCAGAUUCAGUCCUAAUAUAUAAAUAAUUAAAAAAAAAAGGAUAGGUCAAGUCUCUUUACAGUAUCACAUUUUGCGGUGUUUCAUAAAAGAAAGACUCCGAAUUCUCUCUUUACAAACGGACCGAGUUUACAAAUAUCCUGCGAUAGACACACCACGUGCAGACACGUUAUAAUUAAGGCUUCUUUACGCAUACGUAUACUGUAGGCGAACGAAGGAACGUUUUAUUUAUCGAAGCGAACGAGUCCGUUUGAAACCUCUCGAGUGAUUUUUCUCCCCCUUUCCCCUCCUCCGACUGUUGUGAAAAUUAAGAUAUCAAGUAAUCAUUGUAGCGCACGUGUACAUGAAUAAGUUAUAUUCUAAUUUAAACCAGGAAUAAUAAUAAACGAUAUGCAAUGUA